AUGCCGAAGCACUACAGACCUCCGGGUAAGAAAAAGGAAGGGAACGCCGCAAAGUAUAUUACGAGAUCACAGGCUGUCAAGUACCUUCAAGUCAGCUUAUCAGUUUUCAGGAAGCUAUGCAUACUCAAAGGUGUAUUUCCUCGGGACCCAAAGAAGAAGGUCAAGGGAAGCCACCACACCUAUUAUCAUACGAAAGAUAUCAUGUUCUUGAAGCACGAGCCGCUUCUGGAGAAGUUGAGAGAGAUGCGGGCGUAUGAGAAGAAGGUCGAGAAAGCCAACGCAAAGAGGAAUAAGGCCCAUGCUGAACGUUUGUUAAGCCGCAAGCCUUCAUAUAAACUAGAUAUGCUUGUCCGUGAAAGGUAUCCAACAUUUGUUGAUGCAUUACGGGACCUUGAUGAUUGUCUCAGUAUGGUUCACCUUUUUGCUUCAUUGCCACCUUCCAAAAGAGAAAACAUUGAAGUAGACCGUGUUCAUAAUUGUCGAAGGUUGAGUCAUGAAUGGCAGGCUUAUAUUUCUCGGACUCAUAAACUUCGUAAGACAUUUGUAUCUGUCAAAGGAAUAUAUUACCAGGCAGAGGUUGAGGGGCAAAAGGUCACUUGGGUAACUCCUCAUGAACUGCAGCAAGUGUUGCCUGAUGAUGUUGACUACAAGGUCAUGCUGACAUUUUUGGAAUUUUAUGAGACUCUCUUGGCAUUUGUUAACUUUAAGCUCUAUCAUUCGAUAAAUGUAAAAUAUCCUCCCAUUCUUGACUCUCGGUUGGAAGCUCUAGCAGCAGAUAUGUAUGCUUUGUCAAGAUACUUUGACGCCAGCUCUAAAGCCUCCAAGAUGGACGUGGAAGAUGUUGAAAUGUCUGAAGCGCAGCUGACUGAGAAUGGGGAUGAGAGAGCAGAACUUGAGGAGUCUGAGCUCAGACUUGCCCAGCUCCAACACCAACUUCCUAAAAAUGAACCCGGGGCUUUGAUGCACCUUCUUGGUGAAGCUGAGGGCAAUGAAGAAGAUGAUGUAGAUACUAUAAAAUGCAGAAAUCUUUUCAAGAAUAAGAAAUUUUUCCUAAGUCGUGAGGUUCCUAGGGAGUCUUUGCUUUUCGUGAUCCCAGCUUUUGGGGGUACUGUUUCAUGGGAAGGAGAAGGAGCUCCAUUCGGUGAAUCUGAUCAGAGUAUCACAUAUCAGAUUGUUGACAGGCCUACGCAGAAACGGAAAUUUCUUUCUCGAGAAUAUGUGCAACCGCAAUGGGUUUAUGAUUCUGUUAAUGCACUAAUUCUAUUACCUACUGAGGAAUAUGCUGUUGGAAGGGUUCCUCCUCCACAUUUAUCACCUUUUGUUGACAAUGAGGCGGAAGGGUAUGUUCCUGAAUAUGCAGAGACCAUCAAACGGCUGCAAGCUGCUGCCAGAAAGGAAGUCCUUCCGAUGCCCGGUGUAGGAACAGAAGACUUGGUUGAUUCCCAGAAUCUUCUGGUUGAAGGUAUCAUUGAUCGAGCCGAAGCAUUUGAAGCUGCUGAGACGCAGAGGAAGAUGAAUAUCCGCCAGACGCAAUACCAUAAUGAAUUGAGGAUGGAGCUCAAAGGGACCCAGUAUUCUUCAAUCAUUAAUGCAAGUACUCAGGAUACUGUUGAGAGAAGAGAUACUGAAGAAUCUCCCUCUGAUUCGAUUCAAACGGCCAAGGACGCUGAUGACAUGUCGAAAAUUGGGGUGUCUCGCCGUACUAGAGGGUUGAUUGAAGCAAUGGAGAUUGGGAACAAGAAGAAACGCUCCAGGUCUGAGCAUCUGGAGAAAAGGCGCAGAGAAAUUAAAGCAGCUCAGCAAUCAUAG